AUGCCUCGGCUGAUAAAGGCUCCCCUGGUGCUGCCGCCUGCACCGGCUCCGGCGCUGCCGCUACAUCAUCCCCUGGCUGCGCUGGGGGUGCGGGACCUGUCGGGGAUGGGGCCGGUCGGGGCGCUGGGGCUGCUGCUGUGCCUGCAGCUGUGUGGGGGCUCCGGGCAGCUGCGGCUGGUGGGGGGCGGCGGGCGCUGUGCCGGACGCGUGGAGGUGAAUCACGACGGUGAGUGGGGCUCCGUCUGCAUCUUCGAGUUCGACUGGGAAGCCCGCUGGGCCACCGUGGUGUGCCGGCAGCUGGGCUGUGGCCGCGUGGUCUCGUUGUCCCCGUACGCCCUGUUCGGGCAGGGCAGCGGCCGGAUCUGGCUCCAGCCCUUCUUCUGCCUUGGCACCGAGGAGGUGCUGGAGGAGUGUCCGCACUUCGGAUGGGGCCAGCACUACUGCGGCCACGAGCGGGACGUGGGGGUGAUCUGCACAGAGGCCGUGGAGCUGAGGCUGGUGGCUGGUGGCGGUCCCUGUGCCGGGAGGGUGGAGGCGAAGCUGUGGGGACACUGGGGCUCGGUGGGAGAUGACAACUGGGACAUGGAGGACGCUGAGGUGGUGUGCCAGCAGCUGGGAUGUGGCUCAGCUGCCGGCGCCUACGCCGCCCGCAACCGCUUUGGCCCAGGGACCGGGCCCAUCAACCUGGCCGUAGUGGACUGCAAGGGGGAUGAGGCCACACUCUGGGACUGCGAGAUCCGUGGCUGGGGACCUUACAGUUCCACCCACGACUAUGACACCGCUGUUGUCUGCCAAGGGUUUUCCCGGCUGGUCGGGGGUGACAGAGCCUGUGCCGGGCGGUUGGAGGUGCGGCAGCGCCAGGCCUGGGUUGGCGUCUGCGCGGAGCACGUGGACAUGAAGGUGGCCCAGGUGGUGUGCCGGGAGCUGGGCUGCGGCGCGGCGCUGGCCAUCCCCGGCAGCGGCCGGUUUGGGGCGGGAACGGGGCCGCUGUGGGAGGGGGGGUUCAACUGCAGCGGCACCGAGCCCCUCCUCAGCGCCUGCGCCCGGCGGGGGCCCCACAGCCAGGGCUGCGCUGGCCACGCCACCAUCAUCUGCUCCCCCUACACGGGCUUCCGGCUGGGGAACAGCAGCUCGGGCUGUGCCGGGCGGGUGGAGGUGGCGGUGAGGGGCACGUGGGGGUCCGUCUGUGCCACCGACUGGGACCUGCCCGAUGCCGACGUCCUGUGCCGCCACCUGGGCUGUGGCCACGCCGUCACCGUGCCCCCGGGAGGCUCCUUCGGCAGCGGGGACGGGCCGCUGAGGCCGGACGCCUUCGGCUGCAGCGGGAGCGAGCGGCACCCGGGCGAGUGCCCUGUGGCUGUGCUGGGGGAGCCCCCCUGCAGCCCGGGGAACGCCGCCGCCGUCAACUGCUCAGGCAUCGUCAGUUCCCUGCGGCUGGUGGAGGGUGAGAGCCGGUGCGACGGGUGGCUGGAGUUGGCCAUAAGCCCUGGGGUCUGGCGCCGUGUGCCAGGAGAGGUUUUGGCUGAAGGGAAUUUCAGUGUGGUGUGUGGGAAGCUGGGCUGUGGUGGGCUGGACAGGAGCGAUACUGUCGUUGGUACGGUCCCCGUGUGGAACAUGAGCGAUUCGGAGCAGAAAAUUACAAUAGAAGUGGUCCGGACUGUCUGGAAGAUGACCAACCAGGAGAUGCCUGUCUGGCUGAACGACUUAAUAGUCUGGGACAUGACCACCGGGCCAACCGGCACCCCUCAUGGGGCAGCCAUCGUCUGCUCAGGCAGCCGGCGGGUGAGGCUGGCGGGCGGUGCCGGGCGCUGCGCCGGGCGCGUGGAGGUCUAUGCCGGUGGCACCUGGAGCAGCGUGUGCCAGGAGCGCUGGGACCUGCGGGCCGCCGCCGUUGUGUGCCGGGAGCUGGGCUGUGGCGCGGCGCUGGAGGCCCCCGGCUCGGCGCGCUUCGGCCCCGGGCCGGGCACAGCGUGGCCGUACGCGGUUGAGUGCGCCGGGAGCGAGGAGUCUCUCUGGGAAUGCCCACGCUCGGAAGGGCGCGAGUGCGAGCGCGGGGCCGGGGCCGUGUGCUCAGAGCAGCUCUCCCUGCGGCUGGCGGGCGGGCGCGGGCGCUGCAGCGGGUACCUGGAGCUGCUCCACGACGGCACCUGGGGCCGCGUGUGCGCCACCGGCACCAGCCCCGGCACCGCCGCCGCCGUCUGCCGGCAGCUGGGCUGUGGGGACGGGGGGCAGCUGGCACCCGCCCCCGCCCAGCAGCCGGCCCCCGCCUGGCUGGCCUGGGUGGGCUGCGAGGAGGGGGCCCGCUCGCUCUGGGGGUGCCCCUCGGCACCCUGGCACCUGCAGGCCUGCGGCCCCGGAGGGGACGCCUACGUGGCUUGUGUGGAGGACAGUGACAACCCCAGCGAGACAGCCACCACCCCGUGCCCAGACGGGGCCACCUGCACAGCUGUCCCCAGCAGCAGCGGCCCUGCGGUGGCCAGGGGGACUGUGCCGGUGCCAAGCGGGCAGGUGGCCAGGGGCACUGUGCCGGUGUCAGUGGUCCUGUGCGUGGUCCUGGGGACGCUGCUGUGCCUGGCCCUGGGCGCCCUGGCCGUGCUGCUGUGCCGUGCCCGCGCUUGGCGCCGAGGCGCCGGCAGAGCCGUGGGUGCCGUCCCCGACGCCAUCUACGAGGAGCUGGACUACAGCGCGAUGCCGGAGUACCAGGAGGUGCCCAGUCGCCCAGGUUCCCCGCGGGAGGGCUCGGUGAAUUACACCGGGGACAGCGUGGAGGGGAGUGACACCGGGGCAGCCCCAGCUGGAACCCUGGAUGGCUACGAUGAUGCCGUGGCUGGAACCUCAGAUGGCUACAACAAUGCCAUGGCUGGAACCCUGGAUGGCUACGACGAUGCCACGGCCGUGCCAGAGGAGUCCCCUGCUCCCAGCACUGGGGACAUCUCCAAGGGAGUGGCAUGGAGGGGCUGGAUCUGUGUCCCACCCACAGUCGUGCCCUCGCUGGGGCUCAGCUCAGGUCAGUGCCCAGCGGCUGGUGGAGUGUGGCGAGUUGUGCUUCCUGCCGGGCGGGAGCUGCCUUGGGAAGCUGCUCUGUACCCACGGCUGUGCCGAGCCCGGGAGCUUGGACAGGAUGUCGAGUACCACCAUGUCCCUGAGGUCACCCUUUCUCCUGCUGGGAGAGCACGAGGCGGAUGGAAAGGAUCCCCAGACAUCUACAGGAACAAGGGACUCGUACAGCUGUGAUUUUCCUACAGCCCUCGUGAAAUGGACUUUCAGGGUACCAUGGGUAAUGUGCCAGCUCUCCUGCUGAAGCUUUUGUCUGCUACAUUUGAACACAAAGAGCAGAACUAAAGUCAGGUCUGUUCUGGAGCGUGUUA